UUCUAGUGAAUCUGAUCUCAGCGACAAUGAUAAUGUAUUGGAAACGAGAAAAACCAAACGACUAAGAAUUGAACCAGAAGAUGAAAUUAUUGAAGAAGGCGAAAUCGAUGACAUCGAAGAAAUGGAAGAUAAUGUAUUGGAAACGAGAAAAACCAAACGACGAAGAAUUCAACCAGAAGAUGAAAUUAUUGAAGAAGACGAAAUCGAUGACAUCGAAGAAAUUAGAUAA